AUGGCAGCUUGUUGCGGAGGAACACCACACGCAGGGCGGGAUCGUUGUACAUCAAACACCUCCUCUUCGCCACACCGACCAUAUUUGCAGAAGUCUUGCUGCAGCAAAGAGGAGGACAUCCAUGCUGAGACUUCCUCAUGCGACACUAACAAGAGUUGCUUGCAGGACGUCUGGCGCAUCGACUCUGAUCACCAAGAAGAGUAUAUCAGACUCGAUUCUAAAGACAUUGAGAGUGCUACAACAAUCAUCGAACACGUCACCCUCAAUGUGGAAGGUCUUACUUGCGCGGGCUGCGAGAACAAGCUUUUCCGGUCUCUUGAUGCAAUUCUUGGAGUUCACAAUGUCCAGACGAGUCUUGUCAUGUCACAAGCGGAAUUUGACCUUGAUUCGGCCGCCGGGUCCGUGGACAAAAUCAUUCAAUAUAUUGCAAAAACAACUGGUUUCACUUGUCAUAGAAUCAGCACUCAUGGACAGAGUCUGGAUAUACGGGUUUCUGGCGACGCCAGAGAUUUCAUCAAUCGAAAAAGACCUCUCGGAGUAGAGUCGUUGCUCGCCCUCAAUAAGCAGACAGUUCGCAUUACAUACAACGCUAAAUUCGUCGGUGCCAGAGAUCUACUCGACUACUUGUUUGAUCAGCCAAUAAACCUCGCUCCUCCCCGGCUUCACCCAGAAGUUGAGUCUGGCAUUAAACAAGUCCGGAGGGCGGCAUUUAUGACAGCCCUCUCUACCAUGCUGACGAUACCUGUACUCAUCCUGGCUUGGGCACCGCUGCCCGAACAUGAGGUGUUGUACGGCGCGAUCUCGCUCAUACUAGCGACGGUUGUGCAGAUUGUUGUUGCUGGACCAUUUUACCCAAGCGCGAUCAAAGCUCUCUUAUUCACUCGCGUGAUUGAGAUGGACUUGCUUGUUGUUCUGAGCACCUCUGCAGCAUACAUAUUCUCUGUCAUAGCGUUUGGAUAUCAAGUACGAGGGCGUCCGCUGUCAACGCACGCUUUUUUCGAAACGAGCACAUUACUUGUCACUCUAAUUAUGCUUGGGCGUUUGGUGAGUGCAUUCGCUAGACACAAGGCUGUCGAGUCGAUCUCCAUAAGGUCUCUGCAGAUUGGUACAGCGCUACUCGUCGACAGUGAUGGUCGAGGCGGUCAGAAGAUUGAUGCUCGAAUGCUACAGUACGGUGAUACAUUCAAGGUCAUUCCUGAUGCUCGGAUACCGACAGAUGGGAUUGUCGUAUCUGGAGAAAGUGAAGUGGAUGAAUCAAACGUGACUGGCGAGGUCAUCCCAGUUGAGAAAUCUCCGGGUUCCAGUAUCGUUGCAGGGAGUGUCAAUGGCUCGGGAACGCUCAUAGUCCGCUUGACGCGCUUGCCCGGUGAAAACACUAUCAGCGAGAUUGCAGCCAUGGUUGAUGCAGCAAAAUUCUCCAAACCCAAAAUACAGGAGCUUGCAGAUCGUGUUGCAUCAUUCCUGGUGCCAGUCAUUGUAGUCCUUUCGUUGAUCGCUUUUGUCAUCUGGAUUGCAGUAGGCAAAGCCAUCCAGCACCGGUCCACAGGUUCGGCAGCAGUGAAUGCUAUGACCUAUGCGAUAUCGGUACUUAUUGUUUCCUGUCCUUGUGCUAUAGGGUUGGCAGUGCCGAUGGUGGUUGUUAUUGCUGGUGGUGUUGCCGCUAAACAUGGUGUGGUUUUCAAAACAGCUGAAACGAUGGAGAUAGCACGAAAGGUUUCCCACGUCGUCUUUGACAAGACUGGCACCCUUACCAAGGGAGAGCUGUCUGUCUUGGCCGAAGACCACUUUUCUGAGUCCCAAUCAGUUGCCGCAUCUAUCGCUCUUGGGCUCACGAUGAACAGCAAGCAUCCUGUCUCUGCAGCUCUAGCAGCUCAUCUUCAGGCGCGAGGUGUUGAGCCCGUCCUCAUCGAGAACAUGAAAUCCGUGACAGGCAGUGGUAUGGAAGGCACCUUGAAUGGUGUGAGUGUUCGUGGAGGUAAUUCUCGGUGGCUGGAUGUCCGGGGCGUGCCACGAGUCACAUCGUUGCUUUCCCAAGGCCUCACGGUCUUCUGCAUAUCGCUUGACGGAGACCUACUCUCUGUUUACGGCCUGGAUGAUUCGCUACGACCAGAUGCCAUGUCUAUUGUGGCCGAGCUCCAACGGCGUGAUAUUGCCGUCUCACUUGUCAGUGGAGAUGACGAUGGCGCAGUGCGAAAGAUUGGACAUCAACUUGGGAUUUCUCCUCUCCAGGUGAGAUCAAGGUAUUCAGCUAGGGACAAGCAGAGAUAUGUCAAAGCUAUCAUGGAUCACAAGGAUGGGGAAAAGGUUGUGUUAUUCUGUGGAGACGGUACCAAUGACGCCGUGGCCCUUGCUCAAGCCAAUAUCGGCCUUCACAUGAACAGCGGGACAGAUGUGGCCCAGAGUGCCGCUGAUGCAGUCCUCGUGAGGCCUGCUCUUUUUGGCAUAAUUAUCCUCAUCGAUCUCUCCCAAGCAGCUUUCCGCCGGAUCAUCUUCAACUUCUCUUGGUCCUUUGUCUACAAUACGUUUGCCAUCCUGCUUGCUGCUGGAGCCUUUGUCAAUGUGCGGAUUCCUCCUCAGUACGCUGGGCUGGGUGAGUUGUUCAGUGUUCUGCCGGUGAUAUUGAUUGCAUUGCAGCUGAGGUGGUUCAAGAGGAGCUGA